GCCUCACCAUGUCCAAGAUGCCGGCCAAGAAGAAGAGCUGCUUCCAGAUCACCAGUGUCACCACGGCCCAGGUGGCCACUAGCAUCACCGAGGACACCGAAAGCCUGGACGACCCGGAUGAGUCACGCACAGAGGACGUUUCUUCCGAGAUAUUCGACGUUUCUCGGGCCACGGAUUACGGCCCCGAGGAGGUCUGCGAGCGCAGCUCCUCUGAAGAGACGCUCAACAAUGUUGGGGAUGCGGAGACUCCCGGGACCGUCUCCCCCAACCUCCUCCUGGACGGACAGCUGGCGGCCGCAACAGCCGCUCCGGCCAACGGAGGAGGAGCCGUUUCGGCCCGGAGCGUGGCCGGGGUGCUGCCCAGCACCGUGUCGCCGGCCGCCACCUCAGUCCCCUCCUCAGGGGCCCCCGGCGCUCCCCCGGUCACGGGCCCGUCCGCCACACCAGGAACUGCCGCCUCAUCACAACCCCCCACCACUUGUAGUUCGCGUUUUCGCGUGAUCAAGCUGGACCACGGCAGCGGGGAGCCUUACAGACGCGGCCGAUGGACGUGCAUGGAAUACUAUGAGCGGGAUUCCGAUAGCAGCGUCCUGACCCGGUCCGGGGAUUGCAUUAGGCACAGCAAUACUUUUGACCAGACUGCGGAGCGGGACAGCGGCCUGGGCGCCACCGGAGGGUCGGUGGUGGUGGUAGUGGCCUCCAUGCCGGGCGCGCACGGGCCCGACUCGGGAACUGACAGCUCCUUGACUGCUGUGUCACAGCUACCCCCGUCGGAGAAAAUGAGCCAACCCGCCCCGGCCCCGCCGCAGAGUUUUGGCGUUGGGCAGCCGCAGCCGCCGCCUCCGCCCGUAGGUGGGGCUGUGGCUCCAAGCUCGGCUUCGUUGCCGCUGUUCCCGGGAGCCGCGGCCGGGCCGCCGCAGAGGUUGGCAGCCCCGCCGCCCAGCCAGGCCCAGGGCGCCGGGCCCCCGGGACCCAACGGACAGGGCCUGCCGCUGACGAAUGUAACCCUGGCGCAGCCCGGCCUGGCCAUGGGCGCUGCCACCGCGCCCCCGCCCCAGCAGUUCGCGUAUCCUCAGCCUCCGAUGCCGCCGGGCCAUCUGCUGCCCGUCCCGCCCGCAGGCCAGAGUGAGUACCUGCAGCCGCACGUGGCCGGCCUGCAGCCGCCCAGCCCUGCGCAGCCCUCUUCCGCGGGCACCGGCCAGAACGCCGCCUCUGCUGGCGCGCAGAUGAUGGGCGCCCCCUCCUUGUCCGGAGAAGCGGUGGCCCCUGGGCCGGGCCCCGCGCCCGCAGGACCGGCCGCGCCGGGUCAGCCGGCCGGAGUGCCCCCGGCUGCAGUGGGAGGCACGGCGCCGUCGGGCCUGGUUCCCGCUGGGGUCGGGCAGCCGCAGGCCGCGCCUCCGCCGCAGAUUGGUGGCAGCGGCGCGCCGUCGGUCGUGCCCGGCGGCCCUCUCGCCGUGGUGCCCGGAGUUGCCAACGUGCCUGCAGCCGCGCCCGCUCCCAGCGUGCCUGGUGUGUCGACCACUUCUGUUACUAUGCCAAAUGUCCCCGCGCCCCUGGGCCAGGCGCCGCAGCUCUGCAACCAGCCUCCGGUCAGCAGGAGCGGCAGCAGCGUCCAGCACGUGGGGCUGCCCUUAGCGCCCGGCACAGCCGGUGCCCCGACCAGUCUACCGCAGUCUGACCUGAGCCAGUUUCAGACUCAGACCCAGCCUUUAGUCGGGCAAGUUGACGAUACUAGAAGAAAAUCAGAACCCCUACCUCAACCACCACUUUCUCUCAUUGCUGAAAAUAAGCCUGUUGUGAAGCCUCCUGUUGCAGAUGCCCUGGCAAACCCCCUUCAGUUAACACCUAUGAACAGUCUCGCCACCUCUGUAUUCAGCAUAGCUAUUCCUGUUGAUGGUGAUGAAGACAGGAAUCCUUCAACUGCUUUCUACCAAGCGUUCCAUUUGAACACGGUUCAGGAAUCAAAGAACCUCUGGGAUAGUGCAUCUGGGGGAGGUGGUGUAGCCAUUGACAACAAAAUAGAACAAGCAAUGGAUCUGGUGAAAAGCCAUUUGAUGUAUGCAGUAAGAGAAGAAGUGGAAGUUCUAAAGGAACAAAUAAAAGAAUUAGUUGAAAGAAACUCUUUACUUGAACGAGAAAAUGCACUGUUAAAAUCUCUUUCAAACAAUGAUCAGCUAUCCCAGCUCCCAGCGCAACAGGCCAAUCCUGGCAGUACUUCGCAGCCGCAAGCAGUGAUGGCGCAGCCUCCGCAGCCAGCACAGCCUCCGCAGCAGCCGAAUGUCUCCUCCGCAUAAAGCUUCUCGCCUCAUUAAGAAAAACUGAAAGCAAUCUACCCUUGUGUGCCACUGGUGUUCUUUCCACUUUAUACGACAGCAAGUAGCCAUGCUUCGGUUGUGUGUUUGGCCCUUUCAGUAUUAGACAAUCAUUCUGCAGGAGCUUUCCUCUCUGAGAUGUCACGCGGCGCUGUUGGUGUCCAGUUCUGGCAUCAGUGCACAGGAGAGUGACGGGUGGUGUGCAUUAGAGCGGGCAGUUUGCGCUUUACCUGGUGCGCGCGAGUGGGGUCGUUCAGAGCUCUGGCGGCUCUCCCGUGUUUCCUGUCACCCAUGGAUUUACCCUGAGCCUUCCUCUCACUUUAUAAAUAACAGUUCAUCUAAAGAGCCACUUUUCUUUCAAUAUCAGUAACAUUUGCCUACAUAAGUUUUCAUUUAUUUGUGUUUUAUUUAUUACAGGGCUGCUAUUUUCAUAAUGUACAUGAACAAUGUCACAGAACUUUUUUAAUUUUUUUGAAUAAUUAUAAGUAUCAGUAAAGGAAUUGAAAGACAGGAUUGCAUUUAAUAGAUAAAACGUUUAGGCAAUAAUUGAACAAAAGAAUCCUGGCAUAUUUCUAACACUAAUGGCAAUUUACCUUCGGUAUUUAUUUUCAGUAGUAAAGACCCAGCUUGAAUGUAAAUUUUGUAUAGUGUAAGUAUGAAGACAUAGUGCAACUGUACAGGUAGUCACCAGUUAUUGUGAUAUAAUAAAUAAUUGGGCUAUUUUGAUGAAGAAAACUUUGUUCAUUUGUUUCUACUUUCUAAUAGAGAAAUUGCCACGAUUCCUCUGCUUUUUGACAUUUCGUAUGACUUUUUUCGGGUGGGAAUAAAAAGCUGUGAAAUUGUUCAACCUACUUUGUAACCAAAGAAGCAAAGCUGUGUAAUGGAGUUUUGUUUUUGUUUUUGUUUUUUUUUUUUUAUAAUGCACAUUCUUUAUGUAUUUUUAUUUAGUGUUUUCUCGGUCACAAUUUUCUUUUGCUGUCUAGCAUGAUCUGCAUGACCUAUAAUCUUUGAACCACUUUCGUACCUCAUGUUUUUAUCCAGCACUCUUAUUGUAAUAUGUACUAGUCUGUGAACAAUGUCAAAUAAAAAAGAACGAACAGGUAGUGUGGUGGAGCUGAGCUAGUGUAUUAUACACUAGUUGUAAAAAUAAAAAUGAAGUGAGCCAUCUUUUGUUCAUUUAAAAUGGUGUUUUGAAUUUCGUAUGCAGAAAACGUUUUGUUACAUUGCAGAUUUUAAUGUAUUUAAUAAAUGCAACAUGCAGAUUAAGUGCAGUGUAUACUGAGUAUUUAAAUUAAAAUGUACAUUUCAUAAAUACAGUUUCAAGAGAAAGCAUCAUUUUGUGUAUACUAACACAUUAAGUGUAUGUCAGAAAUUGAUGUAUAAAUAUAUAUUUUAACACAUUUUCUGAAAUUAAACUGCAGUUUUGUUGAAAUAUUUGGCUCUAUAUGUGUUCAAAAUUUAAUUUGAUUAGAUUUGUAUUUUCACAGUUCCAAAUAUUCCUUCAAUGAAAACCUGUUACUAAUGACUUAAGGAUGGUUCUUAAAUCUUCAAGGUAAAAUAAUUUAGAGAAUGCAAGAACAGUGAGCAAUAUUUGUACUCGAUAUUCAUAUGUCAAUGACAUUUAAAUAGGAAAUCCUUGUCUACCAAAACUUUUACUUGAAUUCAGAAAGGUGCCUGUAGAAAUUAACAUGCUCUAUAUCUAUAGCCAACUAGCUAAUCAGGAGUUAUUGAGAAUCGAUAAUUAGCUCUCUGCAUUAAAAGAAGAUAAAUGUUCUUUAUUUAAAAUAAAAACUUAAGCCACAAACUAAAUUCAUAAAAUCAGAUUCAUAAAAUAACUUCCAAUUGUUUUAUAUUCUAGUUACGCUGCAGGAUAUAUUCACUAAAAAUAGAAUUUUAAUGUUAAUAGAAAUAACUAAAGGAACUUAAGUGCUUAGGCUUGAAGAAGCAACCUGAAGAUACGGAGUAAGUUGCUAAGUGGAGUUGUACCAGAUGAGCUAGAAAGUGAAACUUCCGUGUUGGAAUGUUUACCAAAAGGCUCGCGGGUGUGCCCCUGAAGAGCGAACAGUAUAUUUAAUACAGGGGGAGAAAAACUAGUAUUAGAAAAGGUUGGGAUUUUUGUGAAAAUAUCAAUUUUGGUGUUGGGAGUAGAAAAACAGUAUAAUUCCUAAGUAAUAGUCACGAAAUGAUUACUAUGUUUAAAAUGAUAAUUAAAAGCAAUUAUUACUAUUACAUUUUUUAAAAAUCAGUAGAAUACAUGAAUAGUUCGCAGAAGAAAUAAAUGGCAGUUUCUAAGGGUUCAACCUCUAGUAAUCUAAGAAAUACAAAUUACUAGUUAACAAAAUUAUUUGUCUUUAAAUAGCAGGACCUAAUGUAGAAAGGCAAGCUUCCUGUGAACGUCUAAAAAGUAAGUUGGCAAAAAUGUACUGCACCUUAAAUAUUAACAAACUUUUCAAUUUAAUGACAUGAGAAGUUAACUAAUGGUGCCAUGCUCAAAAAAUGCAAAACUAUAGUAGUGCCUGUGGUUUCCCCCCAACUCCCCAGCCUCCCCUUUGGACCUGUGAAAGGAAGCCUGUUCAUCCACGCCUACUCUCGUGAGUCCCCUGCUCCAGAGUCAGGGACAACAACUUAGGCUGCAAAAGCUAUAUGCGUGUCUGCGUUAGGUAGACUGUAUUUUAAAACAACAUCAAGCAUUCCUCUGGUUGAUUCAACCUUUAAAUUUCAGUUUUACCUCUGAUAUUUAGGGUCUCCAGCUACACACAUAGCUGGAACAUUAAUUUACUAAGAUGCCAGUUUAGGAGCACAGUCUUUGUAUGAAUGCCAUCUGUAAUUUUCUCAGUGAAAUGUUCGUAGGCCAGGGUACCACGAAAGUUUUGUUUAUUUACUUUAGCCAACUGCAAAAUCAUAGGACAUUUUGUUUCUGAUAUGGCAAUGUGUACAAACUUUAUUGCCCUCCUCCAAAAAAAUUAGCUACAAUGUGAUUUUAUAGCUUGCUCUACCACCCACCCCCCACAAAAAGGGGUUGUGAGAUGGUUAUUUUAACUCAUAAUUUUUUUGUCCAAAAAAAGCUGGAUAUUGCCAAUUCUAUUUCCAGUGUUCUGAACUAAGCAUAGUAUAAAGACAGGAAUGCUUUAUCAUCAAGCCCUCAAUGAUGGAUAAUUAAAACAUUAUUCUGUCAUGGGUCAGAGAUGAGGGUAUUUCUCCAAGUUUCAAACACUAGUCACUUCUGGACCUUUAAAAAAAAAAAAAAUGGAAGGGGGAAAAGGGGUGCAAUGUACUUAGAAUUAUAGUUACCAAAAUAUCAAUUCAUGAAAAUUCUUCCUUGUAGAACCAGAAUUAAAAUAUCACUGAAUUUUUUGGAAGCACAUUUUUAAGAUGGUCUUUUUCUUCGGGAAGUUAUAAGCUCAGUGGCAGGCACUUUGUGAUGUGACUCAAUUCUCUUUAAUAAUCUUUUGAAAAGGACAAAGCCCACCCCUCAACAUUCAGAGUUUUGUUAAGGAUAUAGAUAAACCAAGAGAUACAGUGGCAAUAAUAAAGAUCUGUUAUGCACCAUCAAGGAUGGCUUUGUUAGGGAAGACUUCCUCAAAAGAGGUGACACCCGAGUCUUGAAGGUCACAAAAGUAAAACAGUGCUCAAAGGAGAGUAUAAGCAAGGCUUGGGUAGCUACAGAACUGUUGCUUCCUAGGAGGCAGGCAGGCAAUGACUGCCUCACUCACUCGGGUAGUCUGGCAUCAGUUAGUAAAGCAGGAAUGAUUUAGUGAAUUUAAGCAAUGGGAUUGUAAUCAGUUUCAUUUCAGGAAAAUUAAUCAUUCCAGCAGUACAUAAGAGGUCGGGGGCCAAAACUAGAAGCUGACAGAUAAUUUAGGAAGGACAAGAGUAUUACGUGAAAGAAAUGAUGGAUAGGCAAAAUUACAUAGGCAGUCUCCUGAGAUUCAUGAAGAAGGUUGGUCAUGAGUCUGUCUGUAUCAUCUUUGCCUCCAUGAUGAACAUUCCACUUCCAGCCUCAGGUGCCUCUUGCUCCAAGGAAAGAUGAGAGAGAACUCUUAAGUCUUAGAAAGUUUGUGUAAGACUUUUGCUUCCAUAUAUCUCUAUGAAAUGAAAGUCUUUGUUUCCUGUUUAAGGAAUUUCAAGAAUUUAAGUAAAGGGUAGAAGGACUAGAUGAACCUUGGCUGUCUUUUAACGCCUGUGUGUAAAUCUAGUCCUAAAGGUAAGCCAAAUUUAGCCCUUUUAUAGUGACUAGGGGUUAGAGUGGCCCAGAAGGAUGCAUUCAAGGUCUGUCCCUCAGAGCUCUCUCUUCCUCCCCAGAAAGGAUAAUGUGGGUUCUACCUCCAUUGCAGACGGUUGACAACCCAAAUCAGAAGGGGUUCUGCUAGGCUGUAGCCGUUCAUUCUUUGACAGAGUUCAGUUCAGGUUCCUUUCUGCCCUAUGAGCCCCUGCCUAAGCAAAACUGGACAUUUUCUUCCACCUCCUCCUGGCUAGUAAUCCAUGUUUCUAUAUUCUAGCAUUACUAAUAGUUUAUUACUUAGAGAUGUAUAUUUGCAUCCUAUUUUUUCCCUUUUUGACUUUCCAGAGUGCAGUCUGGUUUCCUUUAUUUCUCUUAGCAGGGCACAGAAUUUUUAUGGUAAGAUCAGCUCUUUAUAAGCGUGUAUUCCUUUCAUCAGAGAGGUUCUUGUAAAAGUGCUUCUUAAUGAUUUCCUUAGUAGUCUACAAUUGGACUGACAUGUUGUGUUCACAAGUAAAAAUGCUAAGGGGGGCACUAUACAAAGAAAGUUAAAGGUCUUAGAUGUCCUUUUUGUUUUUAACAGAAUCAUCAAAAAUAAAGACAGCCUCUCAGGAUUGAUAAUGGUAAAGUAAGAAGCUGCUGUUUUGCACCAACACAGUCUACUUGGCUCAUAGAAGUUCAGCAUUCUUGGAUGGUGUGAGUUAGCUUUAUUUUUUUUUUUCCUCAUCAGGGAAACUGAUAGAUUAAAUAGUUUGGGGAAUUUUCCCAAGGUCUAAUGUCUUUAAGUUGAGCUAUUAAACAGAGCAUUGAAGUUUAUGAACUAAGGCAUUACCCAUGAGAGCCAAAGUUACUCCUCUGAAAGAAGGAAAAGCCGUGCUAACUUGGAUCAUAAAAAUAACUGAAUUUUAAAAUAUAGCAAAUGUAACACUUUUGCUUUCCCAUAAAAAGUUGAAUUUACCUUUUUAAUUCGUUCUUUUGCAUGCCUGAUAGAUUUCUGUAUAACAACCAUGAAGUAUGCUUGCCCACUGCAAUCCAGAAUGUUUUCCAGACCUCAGUCCUUGCUGUCGUUCAGCAGGCAAGCAGUGACCUAUAGGUAGAUCGCACCUGAGGCAGUCCAGGAACAGCCAGGGGACGUUUUCUCACACUUGGUUGUGAACUGUCAGGUCAGUGUCUAAUUCUAGUGUUCCUACUUUAAGAAAACAAUAAAAAUUCACAAAAUACAUGUAAUUGAAUCAGGUGGCAGAUGGACAGAAAAAAAUAAAUAUGCAUAACUUUGUUAUGCCCCUAAAUUUUUUUUUUUUUUUUGAGAAAUGUUUUGUUUUUUUAUUUUAUAGGAACACUGUUGAAAUGCAAUUCAGUUCUAGUUCAAGUCAGGCACUGCCUGCAACCUGAAGGGAACGUUUGGGGG